GGCGUUUCCAGGAAGAGAGUGGCUACAUGUUCCUGUAAUGGCGGACCAGACAGAGAGCGAGACUAUCGGGUUCAGCGACAACAGAAUGGCGCAGCAGGCACUGCGGUUCCGUGGCCCUACCCCUGCACCUGUACCUGCAACUGCCCCUGCUCCGACCCCAGUGUUACGAGGCCCACCACCACUCCUUAGGCCACCGCCUCCUCCUUUUGGGAUGAUGAGGGGACCCCCGCCACGACCCCCAUAUGCGCGUCCCCCCUUCGAUCCCAGCAUGCCACCAAUUCCACCACCAGGAGGCAUGCCACCACCCAUUGGACCUCCCCAUCUACAGAGACCUCCCUUUCUUCCCCCACCAAUGGGCAACCUGCCACCUCCUCCAGGAAUGCUGUUUCCUCCCGGGAUGCCCCCCAUUCCCACAUCCGGAACCCCUGCCCUCAACCCUACAGAGGAGAUCUGGGUAGAGAACAAGACACCAGAGGGAAAGGCAUAUUACUACAACGCCAGGACCAGAGAGUCGUCAUGGAGCAAACCUGAUGGUGUGAAGAUCAUACAGCAGUCCGAACUUAACCCUCUACUUGUAGCAGGGGGCGGGUCAGCGGGGUCAGGUGCAAGUGGAGGGGUGACCACAUCUGCCGGUUCAAGCAGUGUCAACACUACAGCAAGCACAGCAGCAGCAGCCUCCCCUACGCAGGCCCCGUCCGCCACCCCCACCCGCACACUCACCUCCAGUCCAGACUCCAACUCCUCCCCCUCCCACGCUGCGAACAUCACAGCCACUGUUGUAGCAGACCUGAACCCCAUUUCCACAGUGACCUCAACUGUUACUGUGUCUCCAGUCACCGUGGUAACCGUUUCCACCAUGCCGUCACCUGUUACAGCAGUUCAGACCAUGCCUCUGCUCCCUGCAUCUCUGCCUCACAGUGUGGCCCAGCCUACCGCAACCAUACCUGCCUUCCCGCCUGUCAUGGUGCCCCCAUUCAGGGUGCCCCUGCCAGGCAUGCACAUCCCUCUGCCAGGUGUAGCAAUGAUGCAGAUAGUAGGUGCACCCUGUGUAAAGGCAGGCCCCAGCGCCAACGGCAUGCUUCCUGGCAUGGGUCCUCCUCUAGUGUCUAUGAUGCACCCACAGCUGACUCUCUCUGCUGCUCCUGCCUCCAUGGCCGGAUCAUUGCAGCUGCCUGAGUGGUCAGAGUACAAAACAGCUGAUGGGAAAACUUACUACUACAACAACAGAACACUGGAGUCCACCUGGGAGAAACCGCAUGCCCUAGUGGAGAAAGAGAAAGAAAUAGAAAGGCUGAAGGAGCGUCUGGCCCAGGAGGAAGCUGAGGCAAUGGAGAUGGAGGAUGAGGAGAACAAAAUGGAAAACGCUAACAAUGAAAAGGAGGAGCCUAAAGAAGAAGAGAUGACAGAGGAGGAAAAAGCCGCUCAGAAAGCGAGGCCCAUCGCCACCAACCCGAUCCCAGGCACACCAUGGUGUGUGGUGUGGACGGGUGACGACCGCGUGUUCUUCUACAACCCGACGACACGGCUGUCGAUGUGGGACCGACCUGAGGAGCUGGUCGGUCGAGGUGAUGUUGACAAACACAUCCAGGAGCCGCCGCACAAGAGAGGCCUAGAGGAUAGCAAGAAGACAGUUGUCAACAAGGAGGAGCCAGAAUUAGCCAUUGCUACUGAAGAGAGUCAGGAUGAGGAGCCAACAAAAGCCAAAAAGAGAAAGAAAGAGGACGUGAAGGAGCCAGACUCUGAGAAGGAAGCAGCGAUGGAGGCAGAGCUCAGAGCUGCCAGAGAACGAGCUAUAGUGCCCCUAGAGGCUCGGAUGACGCAGUUCAGAGAAAUGCUCCUGGAAAGAGGGGUGUCUGCGUUCUCGACUUGGGACAAAGAGCUUCAUAAGAUUGUGUUUGACCCACGUUACCUUCUGCUCAACCCAAAAGAAAGGAAGCAGGUUUUUGAUCAGUACGUUAAGACGCGAGCGGAGGAGGAGAGGAAGGAGAAGAAGAACAAGCUGAUGCAGGCCAAAGACGAGUUCAGGAGGAUGAUGGAGGAGGCGAAGCUAACAGCUAGAACAACAUUUAGUGAAUUUGCUGUGAAGCACGGCCGAGACCCCCGGUUUAAGACCAUAGAGAAGAUGAAGGACAGGGAGGCCAUCUUUGUGGAGUUCAUCACUGCAAUGAGGAAGAGAGAGAAAGAGGACUCCAAGUCCAGAGGAGAGAAGGUGAAGCAAGACUUCUUUGAUCUGGUGAGUGAGCAGCACAUAGAGGGAAGUCAGCGGUGGAGCAAAGUGAAAGAAAGGCUGGAGACAGACCCGCGAUACAAGGCUGUGGAGAGUUCGGCACUGCGAGAAGAACUUUUCAAACAGUUCAUAGAAAAACAAGCCAAGAACGUGGACAUCGACAAGGAGCGUGAGCUGGAGCGGCAGGCUCGUAUCGAAGCCAGUCUGAGAGAGAGGGAGCGGGAGGUGCAGAAAGCUCGAUCUGAACAGACCAAAGAGAUCGACCGAGAAAGAGAGCAGCACAAGAGGGAGGAGGCCAUCCAGCAUUUCAAAGCUCUCAUGUCUGAUAUGGUACGCUCGUCAGAUGCAGCCUGGUCAGACACACGUCGCAACCUGCGGAAGGACCAUCGCUGGGAGUCGGCGUCUCUACUGGAGAGAGAGGAGAAGGAGAAGCUGUUUAACGAACACGUAGAAGCACUGGCCAAGAAGAAGAAGGAACAUUUCAGGCAGCUACUGGAUGAGACCAUUAUGAUCACUCUGACAACUACAUGGAAGGAGGUGAAGAAGGUUAUCAAGGAAGACCCUCGCUGUAUUAAGUUCUCCUCCAGUGACAGAAAGAGACAGCGGGAGUUUGAAGACUACAUCAAAGACAAAUACAUCACCGCCAAAGCUGACUUCAGAACGCUGCUGAAGGAGACAAAGUUCAUCACAUACAGGUCGAGGAAGCUGAUCCAGGAGUCAGAGCAGCAUCUGAAGGACGUGGAAAAGAUCCUCCAGAACGACAAGCGGUACCUCGUCCUCGAGUGUGUCCCAGAGGAGCGCAGGAAGCUCAUUAUGUUCUACAUCGAAGAUCUAGACCGCCGUGGCCCACCACCUCCCCCCACUGCCUCUGAGCCCACCCGACGCUCUACUAAGUGACCAAUCCCAUCAUCUUCUCGGCCAGUGCCCUACUCCUCGCCUUCCCUUUGGCCAGAGCAUGACCUCCCCUGUCACCCCAUGAGACCCGCCCAACAGGCCCACGGCUGGCCUCGCAGUGUUAUGAUUGCUGAGGGGUCAUGUUGCUUAGAGAUGUAUCAUAGAGAUGAACGGUUAAGUUCUCUGUGUUAUGUCCCCUCUUAGCCCUGAAAUGUUUUUAAGGCAAAGCAGGGAACACAGGUUACCUGACGGCAAGGUGACCCUGAAACCUCCACCUCUGACUGACCAGAUGGAUAAGACUGCAGCUUAAGCAGUUAAAGAGGUGUAAAACAGCUGAUGUAAAUGAGUGAGUGUGUGUGUAAACACGUGUGUGAGUGAUUGAUGGUGUGUGUGUGCAUGUGUUCGAGGCGUCCUUAAGCCUUACUGCUCCACUGUGCCAGUCAUUGUUUCAGCGGCUCAGUGUGAAUGUUAGUUUAUUCUCAGUGGUUUACUCCGAUAACGCAGCAGUUUGUCUGUCGAAUGAAAUAAAAGCAACUUCCACUGUUUUUCAA